AGCCAGAGCCCAGUCUUAAAAGGUUGAUGUGAUGUCAUCAUUUACUGUGUAAAUUCGAAGACCACAGUUCGGCAAUCACUCCACGUGGGUUUUGCAGUUAGUUGCUUUUGGAGUUACUGAAACGAUUUCCUGUAGGUUUUGAGAAGAUGGCAAAGAGUUUACGCAGCAAAUGGAAGCGCAAGAUGCGCAACAUUAAGAGAGAGAAACAUGCAGUGAAGGAGAUGGAUCGUCUCAAGCGCAUCUCCAACCUUGCCAAGCAGCAAGACGAGGAUCUCAAAGAACUGUAUGAAGUUAAAAAGGCAGCUGACAUCAUGAAAGGAAAGCCAAAGACAGAUGUUGCAGAUGGUGAUGGUGAAAUGGAUGUAGACAAGGCACAGAAAAAGAUCAACCCCUCGACGUUGAAGGAUGAGCACGGCAGCUACCCUGCCUGGAUGAAUCAGCGCGCUAUCAAACGACUCAAGAAGAAACAGGUCAACAAGAAAAAGAAGAAAGGGGGAAAGAAAUAGACUUGAUCAUGUGACAUGUGUAAAUACUGUAAAUAAAGCUCAUCCAUGUU